AUGAAAAAGCUUUCUUCCCACUACUCCCUCAUCCACCAACAACAGCAAUGUACAACUAGCACAGCCACUAAACAACAACUCUCCUCGUCAUCAUCCCUAGGUAAUCAUCAUAUUACAUCCAUCACAACCACUUCCACCACUCUCUCCUCUAUCGACACCAACAGUGCUGCUUGUACUGCCACUCGAAAUCAUUUGACCGUUACAAAUAAUUCACUCCUCCACCUUCAUCAACAACAACAACCAAAUCCUCCACACGAAGAGACGGCCAAUAACAACUCUCAUAUUGAUGUAAUUGUAGCUGAUCGAUCCAUACUCUUAAAUGAUCCUCUUCAUUUGUAUCAUCAAUACAAGAAGAGAGCUCACCAACAACAAUCACAACCUUCCUCGAGUCAUAAUGGUGGCGGCUCUGAGAACAGCAACAAUGGUAAUCACACGCACAACGCAGACACAUUGAAAGACAAACACGUUGGUGGUGCUGUUGUUACGACUAGCAGUUCGCAUGUGAAAUUACAAGAAUCAGGGAGAAGAGAACCAAAUCCCACCACAACGCCCUCACCUUCGUCAUCACUCUCGUCAAACAAGAAGAGAAAGAAGGAAGUUAAUGAUACCACCACUACCACUGCUGCUUCAUCAAAGAGCUCAACACACCACAAAUCACACUCCCUUGCCGCUACCGAUCAGGUCAAACCAAUAACCACAGCUUCCGUUCUUCCUCCUCUCCCAAGAAUCAAAAAAUCUUCAUCGUCAUUGUCAAGCACCAUCGAAAACGAUCAGCCAUCUCCUGCAUCUUUAAGCUCUAGUUCAAAUACUCCAAACAAUCAUUCUACUCCACAGCAACAACAACACCACACAAUUUCUCAUCACCUUUAUUCUUCCAACAAUAGUCAAUGUUUUCACACACCUCAUCCAGAAGAUGCCAAUAACCAUCACUCCUCAAACAAGGAUCCCUCUUCUCUGUUCCAUUCCAACCAUCAUCAACAAUCGAUAAACAAUCCCACGUCUAAUUCAUUACAAUCGAGCCACCUUAACACGAAUAAUACUGCUCUUCUUCCAUCAAGCCAUCUAGAUCAUCCAUCGAGUAUUAAUAAGAGAAUAUUUGUGGGUGGCCUUAAAGAAAGCACCACUGAACAAGAUCUCAUGGAUUUUUUCUCUCUACCACCAAACAAUUAUGGCCCUGUCAUUCACUGCGUCAUUAUGAAAAAGUGGGAUGGUAGAUCAAGAGGAUUUGGGUUUGUGACAUUCUCAGAGGAGUCUAUUGCUAGAAAGGUUCUAAACGACCACAAAGAACACCCAUUCACAAUGGGAACCCAUCGCAUUGAUUGUCAGGCAGCUCAAGGCAAUUUCAGUGAACAGAGUCCAACUGCUACUAGUAGUGCAGUAACAUCUCAAGCUAGCUCUCUAGCUUCCCAACCAUCUCAUCAUCAACAACAGCAACCACAAACCUUGCAAACAUUACAACCAUCAACUUUAAGUUCAAAUGUUGAUGACCAAAAUUUAAUGGACUCAUUUCCAGCCAAAAAGGAAACAUGCUCUUUCGAUAAAAAGAGAAGAAUUUUUGUUGGAGGUCUUCAACCUCAAGUGACAAAACAAGCGGUUCAAGACUAUUUUUCAAAAUAUGGUACCAUUGAAGAUUUACAAUUAAUCCUGAACAGAAGAACACCUUUUGCUUUUAUUACAUACUCUGAAGAAGAGUCCGUGAAUCGAGCAUUGGAUGAUUUUUAUUCCGGAGUUUUAUGUAAGGAAUUUCCUGCUCAUGACGUCCGUCGUGCCAUGCCAAAAGGAAGCUUUUCUUUUACAAAACAGCGUGAAAGAGAAAUGGAACUCGCCAAUUGUCAGCAAUCUGCUCGAGGUGGGCGAGGUCCACUGCAUCGAUCCUCCUACUCAUCCACAAGUCAUCACUCUUCUUCAACGACAACAAAUCAACCCUUACCAGAACAUUUUGACACGGAUGGAACCCUUAAUCACUCACAACAAGGCAAUGGAGCUAGCUCACAAAGGAAAUCUCACCUCAAUCACAGAUAUGCUCCGUAUGACAUGAGAACGGCAUCUUCACGACGCUCCAUGCCAUUCUAUGUUGACGAAUCAAUGAAUAAUCCAAACUCUGCAGUCAGUCCACCGACAAGCGCCAUCGACAUGCCAACCAAUGCUUAUUUUAAUGGAAAUGGUAGAGCGAUGGUUCCAUAUGUUCAUCCCAAUGCUGGAACAACCCAUCAUGCCCAUGUGGCCCUAAGGAAUCAUAUGGAUCGACCACCUCAUUCCAUUCCACCUCCAGCUGCUUCUGUUGUACCACCUAUUUACAACACUCCACCGCCCCCAUUGCAUCCUCAUCACCGCCCUACUCAUCACAUUGUGGACGACCGAUAUGGUCCAAAAGGAAGUCCAUCCACAUCGACCUCCUUCUAUCCAAUGCCUUUUUAUGAACCGCAUGCGUUUCCUCCUGGGGUGAUGCAUCACCAACCAAAUCAUCCUCAUCAUCAACUGUCGCCUCCUGUCAAUGGUGUAAGGGAUCAUCAAUUUGUUCGCUCAAAUCACAUAGAUAAUAUCAGCAAUAGCAGCAGUGAAGAAAACAAUAAGCAUAAUCAAUUUUCGUCCAGAAGAUAG